AUGGCCAUAUUAAAGCAGUUGAUGGUAAAUGUUCCUUUGGCUGAUGCAUUAGAACAAAUGCUAGGCUAUGCUAAGUUUAUGAAGGACCUUGUGAGAAAGAAGCAGACUGUGAGCUAUGAAAUUGUGGAUUAUACCCACCAUUGUAGUGUUAUUUCUACAAGAUUGUUAGUACAAAAGAAAGCUGAUCUGGGAGCAUUCACUAUCCCAUGUACUAUUAGAUCUCUUGAUUUUGCAAAGGCCCUUUAUAAUCUUGGGGAAAGUAUGAAUCUUAUGCCAUUGGUGGUGUUUAAGAAGCUGGGUUUGGGAGAUCCUACACCUACCAAUAUACAACUUCUAAUGGUAAAUAGUUCAAUGAAAAGGCCAGUUGGGAUUCUAUAUGAUGUAACUGUAAAGGUGGCUAAUUUUUAA